UCUUCGUUCCGUUUGGCGGGAAAAAAAUCCACGACAAUGCAGUCGGACAAGCGGCCAGCCGCAGCUUCCUCGUCGUCUGCUACAGCCAGCGCUCUGCCUUACCUGCACACAUCCACAUCGACCUCCACGGCGCUGGCACCCGGCAGCGCUCUGGCGGCGGCUGUCGGGCAGCCAACCGGACAGCAGCAACAGCGCCAGCAACAUCCUCGCCAGGCAACGCCCAUCGUCCGCGUCUCGCUGCUGACAAACGUUGCGGCUACCCUCCCAAUGCCAACGUUGAGCUCGGAGCUCAAUCGCCACGAGACACCCAUCGAUGCGUUUGUGUCGACAGAGGUCAAGCAGUUGCUCCAAGACCCAACGCCAGAACUGGCAAUGCAGCUGGCUCAGAUGCUCGACGGCGUUUCUGACAUGGGCGUCCGCCUCGAAACGCAGUCAUUACCCCAGUUGCCAUCCACACCUCUUGCUCACGAGAUUGUCUCGUUGCUACCCACCGCGUUUGAGCUUGAAGGCGCUGGUCAGAUCACUCCGGCGCCCGAUCGCACACCUCACCCGCUUGUGACUCGAACGCCGGUCGCUGCCUUUCUUGCAAGUGGAAGCGAGGAGGCUCCUAGCCGGGCACACGUCAGCUUGGCGUUGCCACCCACACCCGUCUCUUUGAGCAAGUCUGGAAAGCGUCCUAGCGAGUCAGAGCCAAGCUCUGCCAAACCCCAAGAAAAACGCGCACGCAUCACCGCCGCGUCCGAGACCAAGGCAUUGGUGGACCGCUUUCAGGGUGCGUUGCAACGCCUGUUUGAGGCUGAGGAGUCGCACGGCCACCAGGAUACUGCGGAAGCCGACGGAGCUGCCCAAAUGGAGAUGGAGCGCGAGGAUGCGAUGGCUGUCGAUGAAGAGACUGCAGGCAGUGCUGCUUCCGGCGGCUUUCUUUCGUUGCAACAAUUGGUCAAUUUGCGUGGCGAAGUGGCUCGCAUUCGAAAAGCCGACCGUCUUGCUGAAGUGCAACAAGCCGACAUUUUGCGCUUGAUGGCCAUCUUGGGCAAACACACAGAGCUUGCUCUCGAGCUCGAUUUGAACGAGGAGGACGACGAUGUCGAGCAACUCGCAGAUACAGUCAUCCAAUCUCUCACCGCGGCGGCAAUCACGAUGGACAUUCUGACCACUCCAGGCAUGCCACGUCAGAUUUAUCUAGACGAAGUGAUUGAAAAUGUUAUUUCACUCUGCCGCUACCAAAUGACAAACAACAUUUUCCCGGCCUAUGACGACAGCAUGGGCUUAGGCUCGUCUCGUUUCGAACGGGCCUCGACCAAAAAGGGGAAGAAAGCCAGCGCCGACAGCGGCCCUGCCAAGUUUGUGCUGGGUGUAUACCGACUGCUCUGCGAGCUUUUGCACCAACUUGGUGUGCUGCUCCAGUUGCAGCCGAUCGUUGAUACAUCCGUGCACGAGCUUGCUUCGAUCGGCCUUGCCCCGUUUUUUGUCGAGAACAUCGGAACACUUCAACUGAGUGCAUUGCACCUUGUCCGCACGAUUUUCGCACGCUACCCGGAGCAUCGCAGUCUACUCAUCGACGAUAUUCUUUCGUCGUUGAUUCGUAUUCCUGCCUCGGCGCGCAACCGUCGUGGAUUCCGUCUCAAUGACAACACGUCGUCCAUCCAAAUGGUGACUGCUCUGGUGUUGCAACUGCUCCAUUCGGCCGUCAACCCAGAGCACUUGAUCAAGUUCAGCCAGCAGCACUUGCUCCUCGAGCAGCAGCAGCAGACCGCCACUCGGUUUGACACUGCGACCACUCCAACGCAUCAUCAGCCGGCGAAAAGGGUUGCCGAUGACACUCCCGUCUCAAUGGAAACGGAAGAGACGGUCCUCCCGGCUAGCACUUUGCCGCUGCGGAGGUCGUCGACCACCAAAGCUGUUGUUUCGGGCGAUCCAUCAGCUGCCAACCCUGGGUCGCCGUCGAAUGAGCGCGAGCUCAGUCCAGAAACUCGCCUUUUCAACCAGACUGUUGCGGUCAUGUGGAAAGACUACGAAGCGGCCUGUCUUGCUGCGCAGGAAUUUGUCACAACGUUUUUGAAGCGAUGCACCAACAAAAAAGACGAGAACGACUACAAACCCGUGCUGGAAAGCUUUGCCAAGGAUCUGUUGACCGUGCUUCACCUUCCGGAAUGGCCAGCAGCCGAAGUUGUUCUUCACACGUUGUGUGCUGCCUUGAUUCCUAUCGUCAACGGAGCCAUCUCCAGCACCGAUGCAACGAAGGCCAGCGACUCUGCCCUACGCCUUCUCGCCAUCGAGAUUGUCGGCAUGGUCGCGACCAGAAUCAAGCAAGACCACCUCGAGCUUCAGGGCUGGGCUGAGCUCGAUGGAAAUCUAAACGAAGUCUACAACAUGGACAAGAUUCAGCAAUUUGAGCAACAGCUUUCGGCUCACCUUCGAAGAGUGGCUGCAGAGGACGCCUCGUUCGAGGGUGCACGCUUGUUUGUGGUUUCACAGACUGCUGCAUUCGUUUCGUCCGAAUGCAAAAUCGGGACGGCUGAAAACGCAAUCGACAUUCCCGAAGCGGAAGCAUCCCAGCUCGUCAAGGUGUUUUUGGACACUACCGCUGGGCGAAUGAACGACCGAGAGGAAGUCCCGCAGCCUCAAUCGGACAUCCAUCUCGUAUGCAAGGCACUGGCUAUGCGCCGACCGCUUUGCUUGUCGUGGGACGCUCUGUUCCGACUGAUUCUGGGCACGCUGAAUGACCAAAACGCCAAAGUUCGCGCCAAUGCGCUCAAAGAGCUGUCGGGAAUUAUGAAUGCUGAUCCAGAGGUUUUAGGCGAGAGCAUGGUCCAAAAAGCCGUCCACAGUCGCUUGCUGGAUGUGUCAAUUGCUGUUCGCGAAGCUGCACUUGAGCUCCUUGGCAAGUUUGUGACCACCAAGCCAGAAUUUGCCGACAAGUACUUCCCCAUGAUUCUGGAGCGAAUUCGGGACGUGGGCGUGUUUGUGCGCAAGCGUGUCAUUCGCAUCUUGAAAGACAUUUGCGCCAACCAGCCUCACAGUUCACGUGUCGUCACCAUCUGCGUCGCCAUUAUGGGUCGCAUUACGGACGAGAAUGACGGAAUUCGGGCUCAUGUGCUGCAAACCUUUCAAGAAAUGUGGUUUGGACCGCUGGUCGAAACUGGCAGCGAGGGUGCAGCCUCCUCGUCGGGACGCCGCCAAAAGACAGACUCCAAAGAGCUCUACCGGCGCGUGCUGCUGCUCCGAGACGUUGUGGGCGAGCUGCACAAGUCCCAACAAACAGAGCUCUUUGACCAGCUGCUGGCGGCAUUAUUGCAGCCAAAGGACCAGUCCUCAGCAGAACCAACUCCUUUCCACGAUGUUAUCAGCCAACUUGUCGCGAGCUUGGUCAAUCAGUGCCUUGUCUUGAACGACGAAAGUGCACAGCUUCGACCGGACGAGAGCACGAAAGCAAUUGAAAUCACGAAUAGGAUUCUUGCAAGCGUCUGUACGUUGCAUGCGUUUGCCAAGUGCUCUCCGCAUCUACUCGUAUCCAAAGCCAUGACGCUGCAGCCAUAUCUUGGCAUUGUUCCAACCUGCAGUCCUCCUAAACCCGCUGAAGAGCAAGCAGUGCAAAUGAUUGUGUGUCAAGUUGCCCAGCUGUUGCAGCUGGUUGUUCCGUUAAUGGACGACCCGUCGACCGAGUUUCUGACGGAUCUUGAGGAGAUUUUGAUGAAGAACAUCAUGAAACAGAGUCAAACGGUGGUUCAGUAUUCCAUCAAGUGCCUUUCCACGGUUGUCAUCAAGGUCACUCGCAACUAUGCGAUGGUCGAAAAUUUGCGGUCUGGUUUUGCAAACUUUUUGGAUAUUUAUCGCGAGUCUGCUCUGAAAUCGCCCAAUCCCCGUCAAAAUCCUCCCGAGAAAUCUCGAAUGCAGCUGAUGCGGUCGAUUUUCACACUCGGACUUCUGUUCCAAUACUUUGACUUUGACGCCAUGGAGGCGGGCGGCGAGACGCCGCCAGCAACGUUGAGGCGCCAGUCCACAUCGGGAGGGCGAGGAGCUGCUGCUGCCACUUCCGACAAGCCCAAGCCGUCGCAAGCCACCGCGGAUCUACUCGCCUUCUUCAUGACCAUCCAAAAUGAAGACGUUCAGCUCAAGGCGUUGCUAGGCAUUGGCUUCUUGGUUGUCCGGUUCCCGUCCUUGUUGCUUCAGCCAAAGUUGAAGCAAUUGUAUCGCACGUGCUUGGACGGCGACUCGGUCAAGAUGCGCGGGCAAGUGCUGCGCAACUUUCAAACCUUCCUCCAGGAAGAGGAGGCACGCUUGAGUGCCGCCACCCAGGAAGCGCAAGCUGCAAAGCAAAAGACCAACGCGAACAAGGACAAGGUGGAAAAGGAUGUUGACAUUUACGGAAAGCACGUCGCCACGGCCGAGGCAGGUCUGGCCAGCAAUCUGAUGCAACACUACCUCAACGAUGUGCUUGCCGCAACCUCAAGUCCACAUCUCCCUCUGCGGCAGACAGGACUUCAGGUUCUCGGCCUAAUCCUUCGCCAAGGUCUUGUCAGCCCGCUGAUUUGCGUUGCCAAUCUGAUUGCACUGCUGGCGGACGGCAAUGCUAUGCUUCGAGAGCGUGCCUUUGUCCACCUUGGCGUCCUGGAAGAGCGCAUCCCGACUUGCUUGGUGCAACGCACGACCGAAGGCGUGCAGAAGGCGCUCGACAACGUUCUUGCGCAGCUGGUAUCCUCCAGCGCGCUUCACGAGCAGCAGCUCAGCCCUCCGUUAGCCCUUGCCUGCAGCGAGUCGGGAUUUGGUCGGUUGUUUACCCUCGUCAAGACUGUUCGUCAUCGAAGCGAGUUUCUUCGUGCACUCCUCCGAGUAUUUGAAAAGUCGACAAGCAAAUUCGAGUUACUUCGAUUUGUGGCCGAAAUUCUGGCCGCGUUGCCUUAUGGAACCAUCGACGAGCCUUUGCUGGUGAUUGACAAGAUUGGGCGCGACAGCUCCGUUCGCGGCGCAUCGAUCGGUGUGGCUGCCAAGCCCGUCUUGCAUUUCUUCCGUCGCGAGCGUCAAGCGCUUGUUGGCGAUGCAGCGAUGCGUUACGAUAGUGACUCCGACACAGAGGACGAUGCGAUCAUCUCCAAGCUUUCACACAACGAGGCUUGUGCCAAGCUUCGUAGUCUUGUGCACGAGGCACAUUCGCUCAUUAUCAUGGUUUCACUUCGCAAGUACUUGAAGGCGCAGUUUGGCCUGACCGACGCGAAAUGCAAGAGCUUUGCCUUUGGUGAAAAGAACAAGUCUGCGAAUAAGCAGGCGGUGCGUCGCGAUGCCACACCGUUUGCAGCCCUGACUUGGAUUGAGCCAGCAACGAUCGCGAAACCCGACGGAGGUGAUGUGGAGGAGUUACUCCGUCAGUGGCAGCUGUUUUCCCAGCUAAUGUCUGAAGAGACCGUGGACGAGUUUGGCGACGAAGAAGGGGCCUCUGAGAUGACUGGCACGCCGAUGGAAACGACCGUCCGCCGCGGCCCCAAAAAGAAAGCAGCUGCUGCCGCCUCACCCCGCGCGGCAUCCAAGCGAGGUCGCGGCAGAGGAGCAUCUCGAGGGCGUGGGCGUGCACGCACCUAUGCUGAUGACGAGGACGACGAAGAGCUUCAGGAGGCCCUUGACAAUUUGCAUGAUAUGGAUGACGAUAGCAAUGAUGCGAUGAGUCUCUGACACGCCUGUACACAUUAACACUAGCUUCGCAUA